GUUGCAUGUUUGGUUAUAAUAACUGUCCCAUCUCCAUACAGGUGAUCCAUGCAGUCUGUUUUUUGAAGUACAUCUUUGGAAGAAGUUUCUACACCUUUACCCAUUUCCAGCCAACAUUAUAACAGCAGUUAUCAGUCAGGGUCAAAUGUCUUCCACCAGUCACAUGUCAUCUGCAAAUGGAGAGCAGCUUGAAUCUGUCCAUGAGAGUGGGACGGGCUGUCAUUUUGAGCCGUACUACAGAGAAAAAUCUGCUGAUAAGUGGAAAUGGGUGAGCCCUGAUGUGCCCAGCAGAUGUACCUGGAGCCUUGAUGCACUCAUUUCAGAGUCUCCUCACAGCCACAAAGCACACACGGAGCCCCCCAGCAUCCUCCCCAACAUCCUCCCCAACAUCCUCGGAAGAAUUGGGGACACACCUCUGGUUCGUUUGAACAGAAUCCCCAAGGAGUUUCGACUCAAGUGUGAUAUUUUAGCCAAAUGCGAGUUCUUCAAUGCGGGAGGCAGCGUGAAAGAUAGGAUCGCCGUGCGGAUGGUGGAAGACGCUGAGCGAGCCGGAAUCCUCAAACCAGGAGAUACAAUCAUCGAGCCUUCCUCUGGCAACACAGGUCUCGGCAUCGCCCUCACAGCUGCAGUGAAAGGCUACCGCUGCAUCAUCAUAAUGCCUGAGAGGAUGAGCUUGGAGAAGGUGGCCUUGCUGAGAGCUCUCGGGGCAGAAGUAGUGCGCACACCUUCUUCGGCUGCCUUUGACUCCCCAGAGUCUCACAUAGUCACGGCGUGGCGUCUCAAGAGCCAGAUACCCAACUCACACAUCCUGGACCAAUAUCGUAAUGCCAGCAAUCCUCUGGCUCACUACGACACCACAGCUGAAGAGAUACUGGACCAGUGUGGCGGGAAACUGGACAUGUUGGUGGCAGGAAUUGGCACAGGCGGGACAUUAACUGGUAUUGCUCGGAAGAUGAAGGAGAGGUGCCCCAAUGUCAAGAUAGUUGCUGUGGAUCCAGAGGGUUCAAAUCUGAUUGGAUCAAAUGAAAAUAAGACUUCUUAUGAAGUGGAGGGCAUUGGAUACGACUUUAUCCCAACAGUGUUGGACAGUUCUCUUGUUGACAUGACGUAUAAAUCGACUGACAUGGAGACGUUCAUCAUGUGUCGCAAGCUGAUCAGGGAGGAGGGUCUUCUUUGUGGUGGCAGUUCUGGCUCGGCUAUGGCAGCAGCAGUGAAGAUGGCUCAGCAGCUGGAGGAGGGACAGCGAUGCGUGGUUAUUCUGGCAGACUCAGUCCGCAACUACAUGUCAAAGUUCCUGAAUGACGAUUGGAUGUGUGAAAAGGGUUUCCUCAGCCCCGAGGAGCCACUGGACAUCAAACCUUGGUGGUGGAACAUGACGGUCCAGUGUCUAAAGCUAUCCGCCCCCUUCACUGUGUUACCGUCUGUGUCAUGCCAGAAAACCAUUGAGAUCCUGAAGGAGAAAACCUCCGACCAGGCCCCAGUCGUCGAUGAGUCAGGUGUGAUCCAGGGUAUGGUGACUCUGGGAACAAUUUUGUCCUCUGUGACAGCCGGCAAGGUACAACUCUCAGAUGCUGUCAGCAAGGUGCUCUGCAAGCAUUACAAACAGGUGCACAUGACAGACAACCUGGGGAAGCUGUCCAACAUUCUCAAAACCAACCCCUUCGCCCUGGUGGUGAAUGAUGCGGCUCAGAACGGGGCUGAUGGGUCAACUUGUCAGAGGCAGAUGGUGUUUAGCGCUGUGACACCUAUUGACCUUCUCAACUACAUCACCACACAUUAGAUGCCGGAUAUCUCGUCCUCUGAAUGCUCGCUGUCUGACAGUACGUCCUGUCCGAGGCAUGGACAAGACCUCCUGCUCCAAUAAAGUAAAACAUGU